AAUUGCUGAUAAAUACCAAACUAGAUGUGCAGACGAAUCUAGUCUGACCUAGUCAAGAUAGAGCAACAUUCAUAAAUGAAAUGCCACUUAAACCUAACCUACAGACUUGGCGCGGCAACUUACAUAUCUACUAUGUGUUUUACCUACUGAUAGAAUCAAACAUAGGAAAUUAUACGAUGUCAUUAAAGGUCCCCAAGUCAGCUUAAUAUUGAACUAAGUACAUAUGAAAUACUUUAUCUAUUAAGUUAGAAACUAAAAAUAUUUUGAAUGCAGAGUAGACCAACUCUUGUGGUUAAAACGCUGUAAAAAUGUAAAAGCAUUUUUACAAACAGGUGAUAACCUGGUAAAGAAUGUUCAUCAACGAAAAUUAACAUUUGUUGAGUCGCGCGAAUGUUGGCGAGUGCCCAAUGUAUCGAUCGCCACACCGCGCACCACCCUGCGCCGACGGGACCACCCCACAGUACGCGGUGCCGUGCCGAGCAGCCAUUGUACCACAGAAAACCACUUCUAAAAUGAUAAAACCCAACUAUUAUCAAACGUGAAACAUCAAAAAACAAACCCGUGAAAAGCCAUAAGUGUUACACAAAACAAUUCAACAUCGUUCCCGAAAACAAUGAACAAAAUAAGAUAAAAUAUCGGGAAAAAAUGGCUGCUCAUACAACCAAAGGCACGUUAAAACAAUAAUGUAAUAUUAAUUAAACUUAGAUUAGUGAAAAGAAGUCUUCCAAAAUAGUGUUUUAAGAAAAUUAUAAAUUAAUUAUUAGUGUUUAUCGUGAAAUAAAUAUUUAAUGUUAUAUGAAAAUCGAUAUCUUCCAUUGACAAAAAUUGAAUAAGAGAAAUGUUUUUGUGAUUUGAGAGUUAUAUCGACAAUAAAGAGUAUUUAAACGUUUAGGGCUUAUACAGCCUCUCGAUUUGCUAAAAAGUUGUAUAUCAAGCAGAAAGAUGAUAAAUCUGGGCAAGUUUAAGUUGCCUCCCCUGAGGAAUGUGCUGGACGUGACCAUGCAGACAGUCCGGCAGCAGAUACCGGAGAAGCCCGGGGCGCCGCCGCGUCCGCCGCAGAACGUACGGUUCGCAAACUUAGACAAUAUGGGUGAAAGCUGCGAACUCUCAACCAUGAACGAAACUACGUCACCAAGCUAUCAGUCCACGAAUCCUACUAACCCGUUUCUGAGCGGUGCCCUGCAGGCAGAGGACUCCUUCACCAGCUACCAGAACACAUAUCCUCAACAAGAUGGAGCCCCCAGGACCCAAAGCAUGCAAAGCGUCGAUUUCUACGCUUCUUCCGAAGAAGGCGGGUUUGAAGAAGGUGGGGGCAAGCCUGGCGCCAAGAUCAAUGAGUAUCAGGCAGCCUGGAACGUUACCAAUGCUAUUCAGGGAAUGUUCGUUGUAUCCCUGCCAUUCGCUGUGCUUCAAGGUGGCUACUGGGCCAUCGCUGCGAUGAUCGGCAUCGCCCACAUCUGCUGCUACACCGGUAAGAUCCUCGUCGAAUGCCUCUACGAGGACGACCCUGUGUCUGGACAACGCGUCCGCGUCCGCGACUCUUACGUCAGCAUCGCAAAAGAAUGUUUCGGUAGGAAAUAUGGAGCAAGGAUUGUUAACAUAGCUCAAAUCAUAGAACUUCUCAUGACUUGCAUCCUUUACGUCGUGGUUUGCGGCGAUCUGAUGAUCGGCACGUUCCCUGAUGGCGCCAUCGAUACGCGCUCCUGGAUGAUGUUAAUAGGCAUAUUCCUGUUGCCACUAGCUUUCCUCAAGUCACUCAAAAGUGUGAGUAUGUUGUCUUUCUGGUGCACCAUGAGCCACUUAAUCAUCAAUGCCAUCGUGCUGGGCUACUGCAUCCUUAACAUCGGUGACUGGGGCUGGUCCAAAGUUAAAUGGACGUUAGAUUUUGAGAACUUUCCAAUUAGCUUGGGUGUAAUUGUUUUCUCUUACACUUCCCAAAUAUUUUUGCCUACGUUGGAAGGCAAUAUGGAAGAUCGAUCAAAAUUCGAAUGGAUGUUAGAUUGGUCUCACAUCGCGGCUGCCGCUUUCAAAUCUAUAUUUGGAUAUUUGUGCUUCUUGACUUUCCAAAACGACACGCAACAAGUGAUUACGAAUAAUCUUCGCUCGGCUGGGUUUAAAGGUCUCGUGAACUUUUUCCUUGUCGUGAAGGCUGUUCUAAGCUACCCUCUACCUUAUUAUGCGGCAUGUGACCUCCUCGAACGUGCUCUGUUUAGAGGCAAACCUAAAACAUUAUUCCCUGUUAUUUACGCGUUGGAUGGAGAACUCAAAGUAUGGGGGUUGGCUUGGAGACUCGGUGUGAUAAUGUUCACUAUUUUGAUGGCGAUAUUUAUUCCGCACUUCGCGAUUCUGAUGGGCUUCAUCGGUAGCUUCACUGGAACCAUGUUGAGCUUCAUCUGGCCUGCUUACUUCCACCUUAAAUUGAAAGGCAAUCAACUUGAGAGCACGACAAUCGCGUAUGAUUACUUCAUCAUAGGUCUCGGUGUACUUUUUGGAGUGAUCGGAAUGUAUGACUCCGGGUCAGCUCUGGUCAAGGCAUUCAAGAUUGGUUUGCCGUUCUAAAUUUUCAUAACAUUAGACUCAUUGUUAAACUAUUUUUAGACUAACGCAGAUAUCGUAUAUUGUAUUUAGUCGCAUCAUGCGGCUUAAUGUUGAAUGCACGAUCGUAGCCCGAUAUAAUAAUGAGGUUUUAUAUUGUAGACCAGUUUAGUACACUUGUAGGUACGAUUGACAGUUAGCGAGUCUUACUUCCUUCGUGUUAUGACAAUAAGUGAGUGUGUAAGAUAACGAUUGUCUUCUGCCUUCGCGAGUUCGUAUGCAUAUUGUAUAUACGUAUAGAUACAACAAGCUAACUAUAUAUGACGUAUGUUACUGUUAAAUCCAAUGUCUUCCAAACAAAAUAAUUAUGUUUUUGAAUGAUGUAACAACGAAGUCUUCCAUGAUGCUUAAGAGCAGUUACUAGCUUGUACGUAUCAAAAACAUAUUUGGAUAAUAUUUACAUUAAUCUUAGGUACUGUAGUUAACAUUUUAAGGUUCCAAUGAUUCCUGACUUAAAGAAAAGAUACUAAACAAAUGAUUAAGUUAUACAAAGCAUUUGUUUUAAUUUUAAUUAUACUUUAAUUGUGUUAUGGCUAAGUUAUAUUAUACUGAAAGAUAUAUUUACAAAGUUAUACAAUUUGGUGAGUUAUUAUAUGUAAUCUAAGGUACAUUAUGACAAGUAUACCCAAACUAAGUCUUCCAUUUUUCAAUAUAAUUGUUGUUGAUUGUAUUAUAGUGUUGUACUAAUGAAUUAUACAUGUUGUUUAGACUAGAUAGUUAUGUUGAACGGAAAUAUUGUGACUAUUGUGAUACCAACGUUAGCGAACAUUUAUAUUAGGUAUACAGAUCUUUUUGGAAUGAGGUACAA